CGUAGCCUUCUCCGAUUUGUUUUAUUUUUUUUGCACCGUGGCGGCGCUUAUGGCUAGCUGCUAGCUGAAAGAAAGAUGCGGCAGGCAAAGCUGCGGGAACAGGAGUAGCGUUUCAUAAGCCCCCCCAAAAAACACGUCGCCUUCACCAUGACCAACAGGACAUCCUAUUUUUAUGACCCGGACGUGGGCAACUUUCACUACGGUGCCGGCCACCCCAUGAAGCCUCACCGUUUGUCUCUGACACACAGCCUGGUGCUUCACUAUGGCCUCUACAAGAAGAUGAUGGUCUUCAAGCCGUACAAGGCCUCGCAGCAUGACAUGUGUCGCUUCCACUCCGAGGACUACAUCGACUUCCUGCAGAAGGUCAGCCCCAACAACAUGCAGGGCUUCACCAAGUCCCUCAACACCUUCAACGUCGGAGACGACUGUCCCGUGUUUCCAGGUCUGUUUGAGUUCUGCUCCAGAUACACAGGGGCGUCCUUACAGGGGGCAACGCAGCUCAACCACAAGAUCUGUGACAUCGCCAUCAACUGGGCAGGAGGGUUGCACCACGCCAAAAAGUUUGAGGCGUCCGGCUUCUGCUACGUCAACGACAUCGUCAUCAGCAUCCUGGAGCUUCUCAAGUACCACCCCAGGGUGCUGUACAUCGACAUCGACAUCCACCAUGGCGACGGCGUCCAGGAAGCCUUCUACCUGACGGACCGCGUCAUGACCGUGUCCUUUCACAAAUACGGCAACUACUUUUUCCCGGGCACAGGUGACAUGUACGAGGUGGGGGCGGAGAGCGGCCGCUACUACUGCCUCAACGUUCCCCUCAGGGACGGCAUCGACGACCAGAGCUACAGGCAGCUGUUCCAGCCGGUCAUCAAGCAGGUGGUGGACUACUACCAGCCCACCUGCAUCGUCCUGCAGUGCGGAGCGGAUUCCCUGGGCUGCGACAGGCUGGGCUGCUUCAACCUCAGCAUACGAGGACACGGCGAGUGCGUGGAGUUUGUGAAGAGUUUUAAGAUCCCGCUCCUGGUGCUCGGAGGAGGAGGGUACACGGUGAGGAACGUGGCCCGCUGCUGGACCUUUGAAACGUCUCUGUUAUUGGAGGAAUCCAUCAGCGAUGAGCUGCCGUACAGCGAGUAUUUUGAGUACUUUGCUCCUGACUUCACGCUGCACCCUGACGUCAGCACCAGGAUAGAAAACCAGAACUCCAGACAGUACCUGGAGCAGAUCCGCCAGACCGUGUUCGAGAACCUGAAGAUGCUGAACCACGCACCGAGCGUCCAGAUCCACGACGUUCCCUCAGACGUGCUGAGCUACGAGCGCAACGACGACCCCGACCCCGACGAGAGGGGAGCCGAGGAGAACUACACCCGGCCUGAGGCAGCAAACGAGUUCUACGACGGGGACCAUGACAACGACAAAGAGAGCGACGUCGAAAUCUAGAAACCCUGCGGCGACACCAAAUGGACGGAAACGGGUUUCGUUCCUGCCGACAACUCGAGUUGCUGAGAGUCUCUCACCACUGACAGGAUUUAUGAUGGACUCAGACAUUUUAUACUCUCUCCUCCGGUCACAUUUGGUCUCCAUGUAAUCGUGAUAAAGAUGGCGGCGGUUUUGCAUGUGGAAGGCGGCUGUUGAAUCAGGUUUGAAGCCGGGGCCAGUCCAGCCAGCAACUCCUCUGCCUGUGACCUUUUCAUGUGUAAACCGAAUGAUGUUUGAGAAAGGACGAGAUAGAAAUGUGAAAUCGUUACCAGCUCUGUACAGUUUUAUGCUUAAGAUCUUUGUACUUUGUCCCACCCGCAGUCUGGAAUCAACCCAUGUGAGUUUUAAUAUUUUGGUUUUAUUAAUAAAAGCUGACUCAAUG